GGAAAGUUAUCUGGAAUCAUAGGUCUUGCUGCAUCACUUAUAAAGACCUUUUCCAAGUUAUGCAUCCGUCUUUAGCUCCUCACCUGCACAGCGAUUGCUUACAAAUUAUAGAAGAGCUGCAUCGUUGUCACGAAGAGCAUCCCUUUCGAAAGUUCGUCGGAAUGUGUAACGAUAUUAAACGGACUCUUAAUGCGUGCUUGAAAGAAGAGGAUUUGAGAAGACGAAGAAAAAACUUGGAAGAGUCAAGAAGAAGAAGAAAGUCCAUGCAAGAAUUUUAUGCAGAAGAAAAAUGAUUCACCAUUGUGAAGAAUGAAAAGGCUUGAAGGAGUGAACUGGUUUGGAGAAAUGCGUUGAGCCCUGAAAUGGUCUGCAUGGAAAAUGUAACUCUGAAGGGAGUCAAACGUUAUGUGGUUUACAGAAGCCAAUAGGACUGUCAUGAAAACAUUUUGAUGAAGUGAUGUAUCUGCCUCUAAUAUGGGUAAUUGGACACUUCCAUCAUCUUUCAAGGAUGUUUUUUUCAAUUUUUUAUGACUUUUAGAAUGUAAUUUUUCCUUCCAAUCUCAAGAUAGCAAUGGCUCAGAUGAAGAAUGUCAAAUAAGUGCUUGAACCCUUAACCCCUAAGAGUGACUAACAUCUAAUUUCUCCUUACAAAAUUACUCAUAAAUCAAACAUUAAGGUCAUGAGAAUGAAGGAGAUGAUCACCAACUAAAGAAUCUCUUGAUUGUUGAACAAAUUCUC